CAGCGGGCAGGCAUCUAAACUUAUUGACACUCAAGAAUAAACUUUUAAACUAUACCCAACCUCCAUUUUCAAACUUCUUCGCCUUUUUGAUUUGCUUAACGCGGCUGCAUGUGGUUUCUUAACCCUGCUCGUGCUGUCAGAGAGUUAAGCUGCACAGAUUUUAACAUGAGAGAGAUUUAAAUGAACAUGCAGUGGUAAAGCUGUUAUUAUGGCUGCUCACCACCACCACCUCCACCACCACCACCAUCACCACAACACAUCAGAAGACGAUUUCCCCACUCUCAAACCAAGACGCAUCCAAAACCAGAAUGUGGUCCACCGGCUAGAAAGGCGCCGGAUCUGCUCUGGCCCGGUCGGUGCUCACUGGUACCGCGUGCGCUGCUUCCACCAAAACCUGUUCCCCAACUUCACAGUAGUGAAUGUAGAGAAGCCACCCUGCUUCCUCCGCAAGUUCUCCCCUGACGGACGAUGCUUCAUCGCGUUCUCCUCCGAUCAAACUUCCUUGGAGAUCUACGAAUACCAAGGGUGCCAAGCCGCCGAAGACCUUCUUCAGGGUCAAGAGGGAGAAACGCUGGCCAACGGAAAUGACCAGCGUUCCUUCAACAUCAGAGGUCACCUCUUCGAACGCUUUUUCUCUCUACUUCACGUCACCAAUGUGGCCUCCAACGGUGAGCACUUGAACAGAGAGUGUAGUCUUUUUACUGAUGACUGCCGUUAUGUGAUCGUCGGCUCAGCUGCUUAUUUACCUGAAGAACCUCAUCCGCACUUCUUUGAGGUGUAUAGAAAUAAUGAAUCGGUGACACCCAACCCAAGGUCUCCUCUCGAGGACUACUCUCUGCACAUCAUAGACCUGCACACGGGACGGCUGUGUGAUACACGCACCUUUAAGUGUGACAAAAUCAUCCUGUCGCACAAUCAAGGACUGUACCUGUACAGAAAUAUUCUGGCGGUGCUUUCUGUGCAGCAACAGACCAUACAUGUGUUUCAGGUGACAUCAGAAGGCACCUUCCUGGACGUGCGCACCAUCGGUCGUUUUUGUUAUGAGGAUGACCUGCUUACUCUGUCCGCCGUUUACUCUGAAGCCCAAGCUGAAGGCCAGCCUGGCUUUUCCCGCUUGUACAAGGAAAAAACCAUCAACUCCUUAAAGCACCGUCUGCUGGUGUACCUGUGGAGGAGAGCAGAGCAGGAUGGCAGCGCCACAGCCAAACGCCGCUUCUUCCAGUUCUUCGACCAGCUCAGACAGCUGCGCAUGUGGAAAAUGCAGCUUCUGGACGAACAUCACCUGUUCAUCAAGUACACCAGCGAAGACGUGGUCACGCUGAGAGUCACCGAUCCUUCUCAGCCCUCUUUCUUUGUGGUCUACAACAUGCUAACCACAGAGGUCAUUGCAGUUUUCGAGAACACUUCGGACAAACUUCUGGAGCUUUUCGAAAACUUCUGCGACCUCUUCCGGAACGCCACUCUCCACAGCGAGGCUGUGCAGUUCCCCUGCUCGGCUUCCAGCAACAACUUCGCACGCCAGGUGCAACGCAGGUUUAAAGACACCAUCGUGAAUGCCAAAUACGGAGGGCACACAGAGGCAGUCAGGAGGCUCCUCGGGCAGCUGCCCAUUAGUGCUCAGUCCUACAGCAGCAGCCCGUAUCUGGAUCUCUCCCUCUUCAGCUAUGAUGACAAGUGGGUGUCCGUCAUGGAGCGGCCCAAGACCUGCGGAGACCAUCCCAUAAGGUUCUAUGCGAGAGAUUCGGGGUUGCUGAAAUUUAAGAUCCAGGCAGGCCUGCUGGGAAGACCCAUUAACCACACCGUCAGGAGAUUGGUCGCUUUCACCUUCCACCCCUUCGAGCACUUCGCCAUCUCCGUGCAGCGAACCAACGCCGAAUACGUUGUCAACUUUCACAUGCGGCAUGGAUGCGAAUGAUAAUGCAUGCGUGAGUACAGACUUGUGAUUUGAAAGACUUUUUUGUUCCUUUUAUGCAUCUUUUUUAUAUUAAAGUUUUUAUUUAUUACAUAUGUGAUGUGUAUUUACACAAAGUGCUUUUAUAUGUGGAUUUUUUUUGUUUUACCCAAUUGCAACAUGCAAAAUAAAAUGGGUUUGUGAUA